CAAAUAACUGAAAUUGAACAAAAAUUCCCUUGGCAGUGGAAGGAGCUCCACUGUACGAUCUGGGAGCCAAACAUGAACAGAGAACAGAAGAAAACGAAGAAGAGCCAUGGGAAAGCCAGAGGAAAGUGGGCGAAUAAGACGGAGUACCUCCUGGUCGUGGCGGGCAAUGUGGUUGGUCUGGGGAACGUGUGGCGGUUCCCGUACCUCUGCUACAAGAACGGUGGAGGGGCGUUCCUGGUACCUUAUACCAUGUUAGCGGUGCUCUGUGGAUUACCCCUGUUCCUGAUGGAGACUGCGAUUGGUCAGUACACCCAGGAAGGAGCGGUCACCUGUUGGAGGAAGCUGUGUCCGCUGGCACAAGGUAUUGGAUACGGACAGCUCGUCAUCAUACUCUAUGGCUUUUCCUACAUUGUAAUCCAAGCCUGGGCCCUACUGUACCUGAUAUUCUCCUUCAGCGCCAAGCUUCCCUGGGCCCACUGUGGUAACAGCUGGAAUACAGACAACUGUGUGGAUUUGCAGCAUUCACAAUCUAAUGUGACUGUAGGAAACUUUACCAACACCACCUCUGCGGCUACAGAGUUCUGGGAACGCCGGGCUCUGUCCAUCUCUGGAGGCAUCGGGGAGCUGGGCAGUGUCAGAUGGGACCUGGCCUUGUGUCUUCUGGCCUGCUGGACCUUCUGCUACUUCAGCAUCUGGAAAGGGGUCAGGUCUUCAGGAAAGGUUGUGUACUUCACUGCAGUGUUCCCCUAUGUGAUGCUGCUGGUUCUCCUCAUCAGAGGUGUGACUCUACCUGGAGCUUGGGAAGGCAUUAAGUACUACCUGUAUCCAGACUUAAAGCAGGUGGCUGUCCUUGAGGUCUGGGUAGAGGCGGGAUCUCAAAUAGCCUUCUCCUACGGCCUGGCUUCUGGAACAUUGAACGUUUUGGGAAGCUAUAAUGAACACGACAAUAAUUGUUACAAGGACACCUUCCUGUUGUGUCUGCUCAACAGUGGAACCAGCUUUGUUGCUGGAUUUGUUGUCUUCUCCGUACUUGGAUUCAUGGCAGAGAGACAAGGUGUUCCCGUUGACAUGGUGGUAGACUCAGGUCCUGGCUUGGCAUUCAUUGCAUAUCCCCAAGCAACAGCCCUGAUGCCAUAUCCUCAAUUCUGGACCAUCUGCUUCUUCCUGAUGCUUAUUCUACUCAGCAUCGACACACAUUUUGUGAUAGUGGAGUGUUUCAUCACAUCAGUCAGCGACCUGUUUCCCAAACGCUUCCGCAGAUUUGGAAGGAGUGAAAUCUUUGUUCUUUUCAUCUGUAUUGCAAGCUAUCUGAUACAACUGCCUUUGGUCUCUGAGGGGGGCAUCUAUGUGUUUCAGCUCAUAGAUUUUUAUGCCUUUACUAGAACGGGCGCAGCCAUAAUGGCAGUGUGUCAAUGUUUGGCAGUGGGCUGGAUAUUUGGGGCUGACAGAUUCUACAACAUCAUCGAAGAAAUGACAGGAACACGGCCAUGUUUUUACUUUAAACUGUGUUGGAAGUAUUGUAUUCCAGUGUUGACAAUGGGUUCCUUCAUUGUGUACACGCUGAAUUACAAACAAAUGGAGAUUUCUGCUGCAUAUGUCUACCCUCAUUGGGCCCACGUGCUGGGCUGGGUCAUGUCUAUGUCUUCUAUCCUCAUGGUGCCACUGUUUGCCGUUGUGCAGAUCUGUCUUGGGACACGGCCAUUGAGAAAGCGUUUAUCCGUCCUUUGUCAACCUGUUGAAGAUCAAACCGGGCAGAACACUAAGAUGGGAGCAGUUGAGACAGAUGAGGGGCUGAUGAUGUUGGAAGAGUCUGAGCCUGAAAUGUGCUGUGGUGACUCCUACGGGGGUCGCGCCGGGGAUUCUGGGGAUCCGUGAUGUCGUUGGGGAAAAAGGGUUUUAUUGUCUUUUUGUGU